AUGAGCGGACGCGACUCCGGACUGGGGGCAGAGCUCAGCCAGGCCUACCGCCACCUCGAGGCACAGAGGCAGGCCACACAGCACGACGUCUACAACGCCGGCCAGGACAUGUGGUUCGACUCAAGACGCGCUGCUAAGAGAGGGCCCCCGUCCACCCUGGCGUCUACGGUCCAGUCCCAUGCUACACCGCCCUCGGACCAUGUCAUGGAGACCGCGGAGAGGGACGCCAUUGUGGAAGAAGGGGUACGCGACCCCCCGACAGAGAGGCGGACCCCUUCAUCCCUCUUCCAGCCCAUGCCCAUUGAGACGGACAUCGCCUACCAGAUGACGGCUGCGCAAAGGGGCGUGGACAUUAACGAUGUGGGGGCUAUGCAAGCCUACAUGGCUACACCGCUCCCAACAAGGAAUGAGGUUCUCCAGACCAUUCGCGAUUACCACCUCGGGGUCCUGCGACCCGAAAUCUUCAACCUCAUCACGCAGGUCGAGAACGUCAUCGGCAAGCUCGACGACAAGAUCCUCAAGACCCAAGAGUCCCUGCAGUGGCUAGCCUCAGACAAUAGGCAGCAGCAAAAGAAGGAGAGCGCCAUGCUAGUGGUCACGUCUGGCUGGGAUAAAACGCUCGCACCCGCGGACAGGCUCUUUCAGAUUAACUGGAUGCUGGAGCAGCUGGAGCACAUCAAGCAGUUCAUCCACCAGCGCGUCUACAACGCCUCCGACUCCUGCAGACUUUGGUGUCUUUCUGCCCUCGCAGUGGCCUUCGUUGACGCCUACGGUGGUGGAGCCGGAUGCCCUCUGUACAAGGACGCUAAAACGCCCGUCAAGCAGCACCACAUCCGGGUUACCGCAGCCUCACCGCAGUUCCAGCGCAAGCUUGAGCUCCCAUUGCGGGUGGCACUCACUGUGAUAAACCGCUCCUCGGAGGUGCAGGGUACAACGCCGGAGCCCAUCGUCAUCCUUUGGCGCACGCUGACAGUCAUGAAGCCCGCCGCCACGAAGGAGUUCAACCCCCAAGCCCGCGCUUGCGCCCGGAUGACGUACUACGAGCAGAGUGGUGAGCUACGUGGCCUCCUCGAAGUGGACGCGGAGUUGUUCGACCUCAUGUCAGCUAAACCGCCGCAUGGGGACGAGGAAAACCUUUGGGCCCACUGCUGGAACCAGCUGACCUUUGGAGUUCAGCACGAGUUGGACGUCGCCGAGAAGCAAGUUUUCACCCAGGCAGCCCUCGGAGCCAAAGGUUCCUCGAAGGGUAUUUCCCUGGGUAAAUCGCAGCGCCACUGGAGCGCGCCGUUUAUCUAUAAUUCGGCCAUGAAUCCCUUCCCGAUCCCCAUGACCAUCAGCAAAGUUGAUGCUGUCAGCUAUUGUUGGGAUGAAUAUUGCGAUAAGGUAGCUGCCCCACAGCAUAAGGUGGGGAACUACCAGGCCAGAACUUUUGAGGGGGCUCCCGUGGUUACACCGCCAGCGGCGGGAGCCAAUCUUCCGCAAGGACCCGCUCCCUCUGAGCCAGGCCCCGGCAAGGGUAGAGGCAAGUGA